AAGGUAAUUAAUCUCUACGCUUCUCUCUCUGCAAUUACUCCUUGAGAGCAUCUCUCUCUAGAAUAUUGAGUAUUGCUGACUUGAGCGUUGGAGUGUUUUCCCCGGGGAAACAACCCUGGGAUUUUUAGGUGUAGAAGCAGCCGAGGACUUCAACAGUGUUGGAUUGCGAAGCUACCCAAACAUUUGGCGCCGUCUGUGGGAACCGAACAAGAAGUCGUGUGGCCUUACUUGUUGAAAGAUAAUAUGGUUCGUACCUUUACAGGAGGUCGCCCUCCAAGAAAUGAAAUGGACGAACAGGAGGACACUCAUGAUCACCUAAGCGAAGCGGAUGAUGAAAGAACACCAACUGGGUAUGUAUCCCAGCCUAAACAAUUCCAAGCCCCAACAGGAACAAGACAAAGACCUUCUAGACCAUACAAUUCACAGCGCGAACGACCUGAAAGGUCAACAGAACCUGCUCAGACAACCGAGCUCGAAGAGAGAACCAGAGUUCUCGAAAUGGCAAUGGGUAAAAUCCUUGCCCGUCUAAUUCUUGACGACCCCCUGAUUCCUUUGCUGAAUAGGGCUGCACAACUGGCUGCGGUUGUUGCAACUCGAAACUCCCCCGCUCUAAGCAACAUAGUAAUGCCGACCAGGCCAAGGGGGAGCAGGAAGCUAAACCUCGAGCCCAGCUCGUCCAAACAUAGUGAAGAACUGAUGAGAAAGAACGCAGACCUUGAAAGACAGCUGCGAGAUGUACAAAAGUCCAUUGACGAGCUGAAAAGUCCCAGGUCGCACCAACAAACCCUGGAUUUGGAUAGUGCUCCACUAAACCUGUCCAUCACAGCAGAACCCUAUCAAGAAGGAUUCAAAAUUCCCCACCUGGAGACAUAUGAUGGCUCGACGACCCCGAUGAACAUCUGCACACUUAUCAAGCCAUCAUGAGAAUUCAAAAUGCAAAUGAUGCCAUGAUGUGCAAAGUGUUCCCAGCGACACUGAAAUCAACAGCCAGGAGAUGG